CAAACGCAGUUAUUUUAGGGAGAGAGUGCAUAGUCCACAACAGCUCUCGGUCAGCCAUUUUGUUUCUCUCUCUAGAGUUUUAUUAUUGAAUUAAUAUAUAUAUAUAGUGUUCUGGCCUAAUUUUAAUUUCUUUAUCUUCCCCCCCUCUUCUCUCUCUAUCAUUUUAUUUGUCAACUGAAGAAAACUAAGAAUUUAGAAGAGAGUAGGUGGGGAGAGAGAGACAAAAAAAAUACAUACAGAUUUGUUGGGCAGCAACUGUUUGAAGAAGAAGAAGAAGUAUCGGAAGUUUUGUUUAAGGAAAAAAAUCGAGGUAAGAGUUACCCAUUUGGCGUAACUUCUUCAUCUGGUUGAGACAGAGAGAGAGAGAGAGAGAGAGUUAGGACUUAUUUUUAAGAGAGAGAAACAGGGGAGAGGAAGGAAAAUGCAAAUUUCUUUACUGGGUAUGUGUAACUUUAAGGAGUUUCUUUACAUUGGAACACAUAUACAUGUACUUCGUGUACAUAUUUGAGAAGUAGGUGCCAAAAGACAUGGGUUUUGUGUUUGGAUCUCUAUAUCUUUGUUCAUAAAACCAUGGUGGAUCCGCGGAGAACAGUAACCUUCUUGGCCUUCUCGUUCUUCUUGUUACUGUCUCUAAUUGAGCCCACAUUUCAGCAGCAGCCGAGUUCGCCCCGGAGUUCAACCUCUGAGCUAUCCGCUUUGCUCCAACUCAGAUCAUCUUUGGGGUUGAGAAGCAAAGACUGGCCCAGGAAAGUCGACCCUUGCGUUUUCUGGAAUGGUAUCAAAUGCGCGAAUGGCAGAGUUGUGGAGAUUAACAUUUCUGGGUUCAAAAGAACACGGCUCGGCCGCCAAAACCCACAAUUCUCGGUCCAAGGUUUGACCAAUUUAACGUUAUUAACGACCUUUAACGCCUCAAAUUUCUUGCUCCCGGGGUCGAUGCCGAACUGGUUCGGUGACCGGUUACCGGCGCUCCAAGUGCUUGAUCUCCGGUCUUGCUCCGUAUUUGGCUCGAUUCCUUAUAGCCUUGGAAACUUGACCACUCUAACUAGUCUCUUUCUGUCUCGUAAUAACCUUACUGGGAUUGUUCCCGCUAGUUUGGGCCAGUUGUCUCGGCUCACGGCUCUUGAUCUUUCUCAGAAUUUGCUUACUGGAUCUAUUCCUUCUUCUUUUGCCAGUCUUAAGAACCUUUCUCUUCUUGAUAUCUCCUCCAAUUCCUUACUUGGGUCCAUUCCUCUGGGCAUUGGGACCCUGUUUGAGCUGCGAGUUUUGAAUCUUUCGACCAAUAACUUGUCUUCUUUGAUACCUGCUCAGCUUGGGGACCUUGCCAGCUUGGUUGACCUUGAUCUCAGCUUCAAUUCUUUGUCGGGUUCUUUGCCUUUGGAUUUGAGAGGGUUAAGAAGUUUGCGGAGAAUGAUACUUGGGAACAAUUUCCUUGGCGGGUCAUUGCCAAAUAAUCUGUUUCCUACCCCAAUUCGGUUGGAGUUCGUUGUUCUUAGUCGCAAUAGCUUCACUGGUUCCCUCCCUAAUGUGCUUUGGUCAGCGCCUGAAUUGCGUUUUCUUGAUGUCUCAAGCAAUAACUUCAGUGGUCUGUUGCCUAAUUCGAGCUUGAACGCUAAUGCUACUGCUGCAGUACUUAAUGUUUCCCAGAAUUUGUUUUAUGGUGGUCUAACGCCAGGACUUAGAAGGUUCAGCUCUGUUGAUCUGUCCUGGAACUAUUUGGAAGGCGAGGUUUUGAACACACCUGCUAAUGCAUCUAUUGAAAGCAAUUGCUUCCAGAAUUUGAGUAAUCAAAGAACUGUUUCAGACUGUGAAUCAUUCUACGCAGAGAAGGGUCUGCGUUAUGAACCGCCGAGUUCUGCUCAACCUCCUGCUAUACCUGAGACUCGUAAGAAGAGCAAUAACAGGAUGAAGGUGAUUAUUCUGGCAGCGGUUCUUGGUGGGGUUGGUCUUAUUUUGCUUCUAGCUAUAUUUUCUGUGUUAGUUCUCUUUUGUGUCCGUAAGAGAGGUAAUACUACGCAAAGAGGAGUCGGUGUUGGGCCAGUUCCCACCAGCAGCACCCCACCUACUGGAGCAUCAGUUAACUAUUCGAGCGUAGGAGAUGCUUUUACCUACCAGCAACUUCUCCAAGCCACAGGUGACUUCAGUGAUUCAAACCUCAUAAAGAAUGGCCACUCAGGAGAUGUCUUUAGAGGUGUACUGGAAAGUGGAAUACCUGUGGUAAUCAAAAAGAUUGAUUUGCCCACAGUUAAGAAGGAGACUCACAUGGUUGAAUUGGAUUUCUUCAGUAAAGUUUCACAUGCGAGAUUUGUUCCCUUUUUGGGACACUGCUUAGAAAAUGAGAAUGAGAAUGAGAAGUUCUUGGUUUACAAGUAUUUGCCAAAUGGGGACUUGUCAAGUUCCUUAUUCAAGAAAACCAAUACAGAAGACGGUUUACAGUCAUUAGAUUGGAUCACGAGAUUAAAAAUUGCAUUAGGAGCUGCUGAGGGCCUCUCUUAUCUGCACCACGAAUGCAAUCCACCACUUGUGCACAGAGAUGUGCAAGCAAGUAGUAUACUUCUUGAUGAUAAAUUUGAAGUCCGGCUUGGGAGCCUGAGUGAGGUUUGCACUCAAGAAGGAGAUACUCAUCAUAGCAAGAUCACCAGGUUGCUGCGUUUGCCACAGUCUUCUGAGCAAGGUGCUUCUGGUACAGCAACAGCAAUGUGUGCAUAUGAUGUUUACUGCUUUGGAAAGGUCUUACUCGAGUUGGUAACUGGCAAAUUGGGCAUUAGUGCUUCUGGUGAUGGCCAAGUGAAGGAAUGGUUAGAUCAAACACUACCUUGCAUCAGUAUAUAUGACAAGGAACUUGUGACAAAAAUAGUGGAUCCGUCUUUAAUAGUUGAUGAUGACCUACUGGAGGAAGUAUGGGCAAUGGCUGUUGUUGCACGGUCCUGUCUAAAUCCAAAGCCUUCAAGGCGUCCCCUAAUGAGAUACAUUCUCAAGGCUCUAGAGAACCCUUUGAAGGUUGUAAGAGAAGAAAAUUCAGGCUCCGCGAGACUCAGAACUACCUCAUCUAGAGGGUCGUGGAAUGCUGCAUUGUUUGGUAGUUGGCGUAGCAUGUCGGAUGUAACAGUCAUUCCGGCGGCAUCCUCAACCAAAGUGGAAGUAGGGAGUGGUUUGAAACAUUCAGGAACGACGGGUUCUCAGGGAAGUGGGCAAAACGGUGGGGGUGAUCAUUCGUCCUCGUAUAGACGGCAUUCUAGGGAGAUAUUCCCUGAACCAUCUAGUGUACAAGAUGUAGAAAGAGCGGAUCGGGACUAGUAGAGAGAGAGGUUAUAAAUUGUUCUUGAUUCUUUUUGUCAAUAAUACAACAGGCUUCCUAUUUUGAGUGCCUGUUUUGGUACCCCCCAGCUUGGUCUUCAUCUUGGAAGUCAAGGUGGUGUUUCAAGCAGAUUUUUGUUCUUGAGAGCGGUCGAUAAGGCACCCACGUACAUACCUAGCUUCUCAGCAGGGGAGGUUGAAGUUUACAUCAGUCUGAGAGUAGGUUGAACUAGUUUAUGCGAUGAAUCUGGUAGAGGAGACAAGGGUCAGGGUCUGGGGUGCCUCUUAUUUGUUUGACAGCUUGUUUAUGGCAAAAACAAGCCUACAAUUUUUAUGCGAUUGAUUUUUUUUGUUUUGUUCUUUUGCUUUUUUUUGGGUUAUUGUUUAGUUUCUGAUCCUCUUGUGGAAUGUAAAUUGUAAUUGUUAAAGAUCUCUUCAUUCAAAUCAGAUUUCAUAAUUUACUAAAAGGAAA